UUUGUCGGUGGAAACAAGAUGGCGGCUCUGGCAAGAGCGCCAACAUAUUUACUCGAAUAGAUGUCAGAAUUAUCCCUCAUCGAGCAUUUUGUUCACAACCUGCACGUCUUUCAUGCAUCAUGAAGACCAGGAGGAUGUUUUAUAGUAGGGAUUGAAUAAGCUAGGACCGUUACUAAAGUCAGCGAGAUGUGCGAGAGCUAUGCCCGCUCGCUGCUGCGUGUGUCGGUGGCGCAGAUCUGCCAAGCGCUGGGCUGGGAUGCAGUGCAGCUCACAGCCUGCGACCUGCUCUCCGAUGUUCUGCACAGAUAUAUCCAGCAGUUAGCCAGGGGUUGUCAUCGUUACUCGGAGCUCUAUGGGCGAACAGACCCAGUAUUGGAGGACGUGGGCCAGGCCUUCAGACUGCUGGGGGUGAGCCUGUCUGAGCUGGAGGACUAUGUCCAUAACCUGGAGCCUGUGGGGUUCUCCCAGCAGACGCCGCUCUUCCCCCUCAGCAAAAAUAACAUGCUGCAGUUCCCUCAGCCUGGAGUGGGGGUCCGGGGGGAUGCCGAGGAGAGGAAGGAAUACAUUCCAGAUUAUAUGCCACCCUUGGUCUCCUUGCAAGAAGAAGAGGAGGAGGAAGAAGCCCUGGCUGACAUGGGCACCUCUGCCGAGGCCAUGCAGGUCCCGCUGGACGAUACAGACGAGGACAUGGAUGACGACGAGGCGGUGAACGAUGAGAACCACCCUGUGAAGAGACACCUGGACAGCCCCGACGCCGCCAUGGGUAUGAUGCCCACCUCCAAGAGGCCCCGCAUGCACCCCGGCUUUAGCCCCGACUGGAGCAUGGAGCCCAGGGAGCCCCUCACCUCCCUCAACCCCCAGCGUGUCCCUCCAGGCAUGAUGGCUUCCCAUUCCCACGACAGCAUGGGUUCAAUGUCUCUGUCCCCAGAGACACCUGGGCCUCCAACGUUGUUCAGACCCCAGCCGGUGACCCCAGGGAGACACUCUGAUCAUAAGUCUCAUGGCGGUCAAGGCCGCAAAGGACCCAAAGGCUCAUCCCCCGGUAGGCCACGGACUAAGUCCCCCAAGGGGGUCAAUGCUGGUGGGGCUAUGUCAGGCAGCCCCAUCCGCUCGCCCAAAUCUUCCAAGGAGCAGAAAAAGUCCCCGGGCAGGACCAAGAGCCCUAAAAGUCCCAAGAGCCCCAAGAUGGGCUCUGGAGUCAAGUCUGGUUCUCAGGGCAAAGCGGAGGCUCAGGCUCAGGUCCUGGCCCUACAGAGACUGCCCCUGUCAGCCCUCAGCGAAAGGAUGGGGAAGGAAAACAUCCACGUGCUGCAAAGCCUGGAGGACCGCGAGCUGGCGGGUUUCGUCUCUGGUAAACUCGGCGAACCCGGCGGCGACAACGCUGAUAUUGACGAUUCUAUCGACGCCGUGAUCGCCAGGGCAUGCGCCGAGCGAGAGCCUGACCCUUUUGCCUUCUCAUCGGGCUCCGAGUCGGAGAGUGAUGGCUUCUCCUCUCCACGGAGGCUUACUAUCAUGGAGCCAGGGGGAACGCCUAAGCUCUCACUGGAUGCCAACAGCCUGGAUAAAGACACGUCCAUGCCGCUUCACCUCAACGCAGGCAGUGGCCCCGGGAACUGGACCAUGGACGACUCCAUCAACGAGGUCAUACGUAAAGUAAACCAGGGAGGUCCCAAUGCGGCACACCCCCAGGGCGAAUCGUACCUGUCCUCAGCAUCCGCCUCGCCCCCGACCCCUGAGCCCCUCCUCAAGAUGUACGAGGAGAAGAACAAGCUUGUCUCCUCGGCUGACAUCAAGAAGAAACUCAAGAAGGAGCUGAAGACCAAGAUGAAGAAGAAGGAGAAGGGAGAGAAGCCAAAAGAUAAAGAGAGGGACAAGGGGAAGAUGAAGGAGAAGAACAAGGAUAAGAACAAAGAUUCUUUCUCCAAGGAGGCCAAGAUGCCGUGGAAGGACUUCGGUAACAAGGACGACGACCUCAGGGAACACUUCCUGGGUCAGAGGUCAGGGUUCAGCGGACCAGAGGGCUCCAUGAUCAAGAUCAAGUCGCGAGAUGGAGGGGAUGGCAGUGGCAGGAAGGAGAAGGACAAACACAAAGACAAGAAGAAGGACAAGGAGAAGAGCAAGAAGGGAAAAGACAAGCGGGACAAGGGUAAGGACAGGCAGAAGAUAUCCUCCCUCACCCCGUUCGGUUUGGGUGACAUGCCUGCCCUGUUCAGCCCGUCCACGUGUCUCCGCAUCCCCUCCAUGCUGCCUCCUCUUCCCCCUAUCCUCCAGGAAAAGGAUGUGAAGAGCAAGGAGAAGGACAAGAAGAAAGACAAGAAGGAGAAGAAGAAGAAGAAAGAUAAAGACAAGGAGAAGGAAAAGGAGAGGGAAAAGUCCAAGGAGAAGGAGAGGGAGAAAGAGGAGAAGAGGAAAGAGAAGGAGAAAGAGAAGGAGAAACGAGAGAAGGAGAAAGACAAGGAAAAAGAGAGGAUUAGGCUAGAAAAGGUGAAAGUGGAGACUCCAGUAGCUGUCCCAUCACCAGUCAUCCCCAGGCUUACCCUAAGGGUGGGGGCUGGCCAGGACAAAAUAGUUAUCAGCAAGGUGGUUCCCAAUUCAGAGCCACCACUGCCGCCACCCAAGAUGCCAGCACCCAAGAUCCCCGCCACCAAAUCAGGACCUGGCAGUCGCCUUCAGCCCCCACCACCUCCCCCAGUAUUGUCCCCAGUUGUACCCUCGUUGCUCUCCCCCGCCUCCAUUCUGUCCUCCAGCAAACUGCCUGUACGCAGUGUGAUCACUGAAACUGUCAGAACAUACGUGGUCCGUGAUGAGUUGGGGAACCAGAUCUGGAUCUGUCCUGGCUGUAACAAGCCUGAUGACGGCAGUCCCAUGAUCGGCUGUGAUGACUGCGAUGACUGGUACCAUUGGCCAUGUGUUGGGAUGGUCUCGGCCCCUCCCGAGGACCAGCAGUGGUUCUGUGUGAAGUGUGCCGGCAAGAAGAAGGACAAAAAACACAAGAAGCGGAAACACAAAGUGCAUUGAGACUAUGCAAAACAAAAGCACACUUUGGACUUCUCAUUAGCUGGACUGACUGCUUCUUCAAGCCAUACUGGAACACUCCUGGCACUGCUGUACAAAAAUAAAACAAAGAAGUUAAAAACAUGACAGAUGAGACAUUCACACAUCCUGAUGAUUUUAGUGAACGUCAUGAGCCUAACAGACUCUUUAACCAGCACAUAUUCAACCUCAGCUUUUAAGGCUACGUCCUAGUUCUGUACCCUUCUCCCAAAGGUUUUUAUUUUAUUUCAUUUUAUUUCACCUUUAUUUAACCAGGUAAGCCAGUUGAGAACAAGUUCUCAUUUACAACUGCGACCUGGCCAAGAUAACGCAAAGCACUUGGCUUGCACACUCCCCGUCAUGGAUUUAAACGCAUUGGAUUGAUGUAAGCAUUGGCUGGAGAGAGUUUCCACCAUUGUUUAAAUCUAGAGAAUUAGGUCGUAGCCUUUGUUGAUGUGAGAGCCCUUGGCUCAGCGUUCAGGUGGUGUGAUGUCGUCACAGAGAUCAUGCCUUUCCAUCAUUGUGGUUACAAACCGAUCACUGUUGAGUUCAAUGUUGUCAAAGAGAGCAUGGACAUGGUAUAGAGAAAAAUCUACAUCCAUCAUUCAUCCAUCGUCAUAUUAUUCUUGUUGUUUUGUUAGUAUUUCCAUAGCCUGGUCCCAUAUCUGUUUGUGCUGUCUUGCCAACUCCUAUGGCCAUUGGCUUGAGUUGGAGAUGGCAAGACAGCACAAACAUAUCUGGGGACCAGGCUAGUAUUGCCACAAAAGGAAGGUUAAUAACAUCGAACUGAAUGACAGAUUCAGAUCCUGCCUGUUUAAC